CAAUAAUGGCGGCGUCCAUGAAUUUUUGGAAACAAACAAAAUGAAAAUAUGAAUCUGAGGGUUGUAAGACGUUAAAACUCAAUAUUUAAUAAUGUAAAAACAAAAGAUUUAACCUGCAUUUCGAAAUCAUGAAAAAGGAAGGCAAGACAGACGUCUCAAGGCCAUAUAAAUUGGCUCAUCAGACUUUAUGCAUUCGUGCAAUAAACUUGGAGAAGAAAUCAUUGAUUGGUUAUGUUGAGCUUGUGAUUCAUCCCCUGCGACAAGAUUUAAAGAGAGUGAAGAUAAAUAGCAAGCAGUGCCGAAUAUAUCAUGUGUCAAUAAACGAUCAGUAUGAGGCAAAGUUUCUGUACAAUGACCCAACACUGGAAAUCUGCCAGGGAGAUGCAAAACAGAGAAAUCUGGAUUACUUUCAACACUGCCAUUUUUCGGCCAUGUCAGCAGUAGACCCUGACAAUGGAAAUGGAGAAAUCACAGUUCGGUUGCCCCCAGAAAUGUACCUGAAUAUUGCGGAGUUACGCCCCUUCCGCUUGUGCAUUGAGUUUUCAUUAGAGAACCCUAAAGGGGGUUUACAUUUUGUUGUACCUGAUUUACCUGGACCUGCACAUGAAAACGCAGCACAUGUAUUUACUGCUGGUCUCAAUAACUGCUCCAGAUUAUGGUUUCCCUGUCUGGACACCUAUUCAGAGCCCUGCACCUGGAAGAUUGAGGUGACAGUAGACAAUGAACUGACAGCGGUGACCUGUGGGGACCUCAUCGAGGUGAUAUCAACUCCAGACAAAAAGCGGAAGACAUUCCACUACUUCCUGUCUAUUCCCACCUCCGCUCCCAACAUUGGAAUGGCAGUUGGGCCAUUUGAAAUCCAUGUGGACCCUAACAUGCAUGAAGUGACCCACUUUUGUUUGCCCCACCUGACUGAGAUUCUGAAACAUACAACUAACUACAUUCAUCAGGCCUUUGAGUUCUAUGAGGAGCUGCUGUCCAGUAGAUACCCGUACACCUGUUAUAAACAUGUUUUUGUGGACGAGGCCUAUGUGGAGUCUACGUCUUAUGCCACCAUGUCUGUUCUGAGUACAAACCUGUUACACUCCAACAGAAUCAUAGACCAGACCAUUUCAACACGCACCGUCCUGGCUGAGGCAGUCGCCAAACAGUUCUUUGGAACGUUCAUCGCCAUGCAGACCUGGUCAGAUGCAUGGCUGCCGAUGGGAAUCUCAGGAUAUCUGUGUGGUCUCUUUAUCAAGAAAACAUUCGGAAAUAAUGAAUACAGAUUCAGAAUUUCAAAUUAUUUGAAAGACGUCCAAGAUUAUGAGAACAGAGUGGGAGGAAUUGUGCUAGAUCCCACAAAACGAGACUCCAAUCAUCAUUUCUCCAUCAAAAGCCCCCACACGGUGUCCCCUCGUUACAUGGAGGCCUUCCGAUCCAAGUGUUUCCUGGUGAUGCGGAUGUUGGAGCAGAGGAUUGGUGAACAGCUGCUUAUCCAGGUUGUCAACAAGCUUGUAGCUCUGGCCACGACUGGGGCUUCACAGAAGGUGGGGGCCAACACAUGGGGGAACCUGCUGCUCUCAACUUCAUCAUUUCUUAAAAUCAUCUCAACAGUCACAGGAAAAGACAUUAGCCCUUUCCUAGAAUUAUGGGUCUCACAGAGUGGAUGCGCCAGGUUUUUCGGAAACUUUGUGUUCAACAGGAAAAGAAAUGUCGUUGAGCUGGAGUUGAAACAGGACCUCGGAGCUAAAGGGGCCCUGAAAUAUGUGGGGCCACUGACAGUAACCAUUCAGGAACUAGAUGGGUCGUUUAAUCACAACUUUAAAAUAGAAGAAAACAAGACCAAGUUUGACAUCACCUGCCAUUCUAAAUGCAGAAGGAACAAGAAGAAGAAGAUUCCGCUGAUGACUGGGGAGGAGGUAGACAUGGACCUGAGUGCUAUGGAUGCUGACUCGCCUGUUCUUUGGCUACGAGUUGAUCCUGAUAUGAACUUGUUAAGUCAUGUGACCUGGGAACAACCAGACUACAUGUGGCAAUACCAGCUCAGAUACGAGAGGGACAUUGUCGCCCAAAGAGAAGCCAUCCGUGCACUAGAGAACUACCCUACAGCAGGGACUAGGCGGGCACUGACAGACAUACUGGAGGAUGACCACUGCUUCUACAGGAUCAGGAUGGAGGCAGCUCAUUGUCUGGCCAAGGUGGCCAACUCUAUGGUGGGUGUGUGGGCAGGACCCCCAGCUAUGAUGACCAUCUUUAGGAAAAUGUUUGGAUCUCAUUCCUGCCCAGCCAUCAUCAGACAAAACAACUUCUCAAACUUUCAAAAUUACUUCCUUUUGAAGACUAUACCAAAUGCCAUGGCCCUAUUGAGAAACAUUCAUACCAUCUGUCCACCUGAAGUGUUCAAAUUCAUCAUGGAACUGUUUAAAUAUAAUGACAACAGCAGAAACAAGUUCUCUGACAAUUACUACAGAGCUGCUCUAGUGGAGGCAGUGUCUAAAACAGUGACUCCAGCCAUCACUCUCAUGAGUACGCCAGGGCAGGGCCCUACUGCUGACAAUUUGUCAGCAGAGACAAAGCAGAUUCUGGAGGAAAUUACUCGUUAUCUGAACCUGGAAAAGUUACUGCCAUGUUACAGGCACACAGUCACUGUCAGCUGUCUGAGUGCCAUCAGAACACUGCAGAAGUUUGGACAUUUGCCAAGUGAAGUGGAGUUCUUCAAAAGCUAUGCCCAGCAUGGAGUGUUCAGAGACAUUCGGCUGGCGGCCAUUGAUGCUAUAGUCGACUUUAUAAAAACUGAAUCCAGACCAGAGGACAUGUACUGGAUUCUGAACUUGGUAGAAACAGAUCCAGAUCUCUAUGUGAGACACUAUGCUCUACAACAGCUGGUCCUGAAUCCUCCCUUCAGAAGAAUGGAAACAAGUGCUCUCCACACGGAGGGAUUAGUGGAACGCUUGUGGAAAAUGAUGAACUGCACAUUUUCGUAUGACAGUAGGCUGCGUUGUGAUGCAGCAGAUGUUUAUUUCACUCUGUAUGGACGUACACGCCCAUCUUGUCUGCCCAUACCUGAUAACAUGGUUGUUCUGAGUUUAAAAGACAGAAAGAAUAAGAUGAAUCCUGCUUAUGUUCCUGAUGAAAUGGAGGAAAUGUUUGAUGAUGAGGAAGAGGAUGAGGAGGUGGGAAUGGAGGAAGGUGAGAGUUCUCAGGUGGACACUGAGGCCGACAUCGACGUUACGGACAUUGGCGGGGAGGAACCUUCCCUCAAGAGAAAGUCUCCUCCCCCCACAGAGCUGCCGCCACCCUUGGUCCUGUCCAUAGGGAGUGUCCCUGAGACCUGCCCCUUGGGAAUCUUCAAUGAGGACAGUGCAUCCCAGUCCAAGAGGCUGAAACUGAAGAUGGAAUCAGAAACCCUUGAGGAACCCCAGGUAACUGAGCCCUCAAAGGCCUCUGGGACUCAGGAAGUCACCGUGACAAAAACACCGGUCACGCCUUCUUCUGCAACGUCGGCAUACGCUGCUGAAUUUCUCAAAUUUGUUGGGGUAAAACAAGAGCAUCCUGCUCCAGAGCCCCAGUUAUCUGUAACCAUGGAUACGUCCUCCAGACUCAGUGAAGGGUCUUCAUCACCCACAACCACUGCCGUGGGGUCAGAAUCUAGUGCUCCUCUCUCCUUUGCUGGACUGUUGCCUUCUUCUACUUCGGCAACAGACAUGUCGUCUGCUACAGACUCUAAAGCACACAAAGCCAAAAAGAAGAAGAAGAAAAACAAGCACAAACAUAAACACAAGCACAAACAUGACCGGCCCGACAAAGAUCCACUGGGGCGGAUUCGAGAGGGGUCCUUCAACAGCUCCGAGAACUCGCCCAGUGUUACUCAGACCACUCUUAGUUCGCCGGAAUUUGAAAUCUAAACUGUCAUGUUGUAUAUAAAUUGCUAAUAAAAUUAAUCAUACAAAGGUGAAAUUGUAUUUACUUAUUGGU